AUGCUUCGACUCUACGGCUUUCGCUUCGGCUCCUAUCUGCGGAAUUCACAGCUCACUCGUCUGUACGGCUACAGCAGCAGCAGCUACUCCACCCUCAACACAACCGCCGGCAAGAUGACUCUCCUUGGCGGAUACGAGAAGAAGCACAAGGUCACCAUUGUGGGAUCUGGCAAUUGGGGAUCCACCAUUGCAAAAAUCGUUGCCGAAAACACACGAGCGAACAAAGAUGUCUUUGAGGAGGAUGUCCAGAUGUGGGUGUAUGAGGAGGACGUCACCAUCUCCAAAAGCUCCAAGCACUACGACGAGUCCAUCGGCGAGGCUCCUCAGAAGCUGACUCACGUCAUCAACAAAUACCACGAAAACGUCAAAUACCUCCCCGGCAUCACCCUCCCAAGCAACAUCAUCGCCAACCCCUCCCUCGUUGACGCCGUCACGGAUUCUACGAUUCUCAUCUUCAACCUCCCUCACCAGUUCAUCCACAACGUCUGCAACCAGAUCCGCGGCAAGAUUCUGCCCUUUGCCCGUGGCAUCAGCUGCAUCAAGGGCGUCAACGUAUCCGACGAUGGCGUCAGCCUGUUCAGCGAAUGGAUUGGCGACGGCUUGAACAUCUACGUCGGUGCUCUGAGCGGGGCCAACAUUGCCAGUGAAAUUGCCGCGGAGAAGUGGUCCGAGACAACCAUUGCCUACGACCCGCCGCCAAUGGAUAACAGCAGGGCUCCCACGCCGCGAUCUCAGAGCCCCGGCCUGACCAUGACCGUCACGGAGCCUGUCGACAUGCAGCACCGCGAUGCCCGCGGCCGCAUGUCCAAGACCAAGUUGACACCUGUGCCCGCAGAGUAUCCUCCGCUCGACCACACCUGCUUCCAUUCCCUUUUCCACCGACCUUACUUCCAUGUCGAGAUGGUCUCUGAUGUCGCUGGCGUGUCCCUUGGAGGUGCGCUCAAGAACAUUGUUGCCCUGGCUGCGGGCUUCGUUGACGGCCGCGGUUGGGGCGAUAAUGCCAAGGCCGCCGUGAUGCGAAUUGGCUUGAUGGAAAUGGUCAAGUUCGGCAAGGAGUUCUUUGGAGAGACUGUGCACACUGCGACUUUCACAGAGUCAUCCGCCGGUGUUGCUGAUUUGAUCACCUCUUGCUCCGGAGGUCGUAACUUCCGAUGCGCAAAGAAGGCUGUUGAAAAGGGCAUUUCUGUCGACGAGGUAGAGAAGCAGGAUCUGAACGGCCAGAAGCUCCAGGGUACCAGCACGGCGUUUGAGGUCAACAGCUUCCUCAAGGCCCGUGGCUUGGAGAAAGACUACCCUCUUCUGACGGCUGUCAACGCCAUCUUGCUUGGCCAAGCAAGCGUUGACGACAUUCCCAACCUCGUUUCUGAGACUGAGCGAAAACAGCCAAUUCCAUAA